AUGGCCAAUUUCGCGCACCGUGUUUCGUAUGUUGUGAGAGACAAGGACGAUGAUGACGACCCGAAGCCAGGACCACCGCCACCCAAAGAAACAAACUCUGCUCAAGCCGCCUCUGGCGCUCUUCCCACCGCGACCGAAUCCUUGGCCAGUACUGCUCCAUCAUCGACAUCCACAACAUUGCCAACGCCACCAAGACCAGGAACAUCAGAAACUUCAGGAACCUCAGGAACAUCGGGAUACUCAGAAGGAUCGGGGUCAUCAGGGGAUAGUUUCGGCCCGGCAGAAAGUGCAGGAAUCGGUGUCGGAGUCGCCCUUGCACUACUUGUCCUAGCCCUAGGAGCAUGGUUCUUUAUACGCCGCAGACGAAAGCGUAGAAUGAGCAAAGCCUCGCUCGGCUCAUCGACACCUGACACUGAAGCCGGCCUCGCAAACAAAGAAUAUGGCACACCCAGCAUAAAAGAGAUGGAAGCCGGAAGACGAGCGUCUGAGCUGGCUGCUCACAUGGCCCCAGUCGAAGUUCCAGGCGACCCAGAGUUUGUGGCCGAGCUAGAAGGCUCAGAUGCUGCUAUCGGGGCGGUCAAAGAGAAGCAAGAUCGCGAGCGUCUCUUUGCUGAUGCGCCGCUGGAUGAACCGGGUGACCGUGAUGAGUUUGGGUUCAGCAGAAAUAACAGUAGGAGGAGCGAUGUCAAGAGCGGCAUCGACUUCAAAGGCUCCGACGUCAAGAAAUUUGACUCCUAG